AUGUCCGCGAAAUUUUACACACUGUAUUACCCUCGAUUUCAAUCCUGCCAGAAUUGUCAAAAGGUGCAGUCUUGGCGUGUAGAAUAUAAGGAUCAAAUUUUGGGACUGACUGUUCUUGUUGAUUAUUGGCGGUUGGUUACUGAAGGAUUCUUGGCCAAGUCAUUGUGCGAUUUCCGCUCCUGGACAACAGAGAAUCCAGUUCAGGAGAUAUUACACACGCGUGUAGACAAAACGCCAAGUCUGUGCUACUCUUCGUCCUUCCCGUUGUUGCCUCAAAACGCGAGUACACUUUUCAGCAAAAUUAUCGGCGAGGCAGAGGGCUGCUUGGGCGAUUCACUUAUGUCGGAGGUAGAGAACGCAGUGCUUGAAACUAAACAAAACUUCUACACGGGUAAACGCAGACACCGCUUAGCAGCGGUAAAACUCAGUCGCAGUCCAGAUUCUGCAGUGAUGAUUGAGGCAGAGUUUAUGGAGGUUUGGGUAUCACAACCAUCUACGGUGAAGGCACCAUGGAGGGCAACUUUUCCAGUACUUGCAAACAAAAGCGAUUUUCUAGUUGUGACAUCAACUACUCGAGAGCAGGAUUUUGACAAACUCGAGUACAAGCUUUUAGAACCUGGAUUUCCACUAUCUGCGAUAACGACGCAAAUGUCAACGAUAUCAGUAGCUGCAUCGGUACAUGCUGCUGUUGUCGGAGAAGGGUUCCAUCGUCGGUAUGUGAUGGAUGUGGAGCUUCUUGAAAAUGGAAUAUGCGGUGGAGCGUUUAGCGAUAAAACGGUCCUUAUGCGUGUGCCGGUGUCUAAGACUAUGUAUCUGGACUUGGACGAGAUUCGGAGGAUGGAGCGCUAUAAUGACCUCGUGCUUCUAUCGUUUACGAAGCACAUUGAAAUUGAGCGACCGUCGCCUGUAUCUUCGCAAUAUGUUGUUGGUCUCGAGUUUACAAUACCAUCAACCAAUAAAGCGCGCAUAGAAUUUCCACUUCACUUUCGAUAUCAAGCCCCCACAGAAAACGGCAUGUACCGCCAAGCAUCAGUUAUUGCUCCCGACUUGUUUUUAGUCUGCCCGAAUGGAGAUCGUUUUGUCAAAAGGAAGCUGAAGAUAUCGAAUGAUGAUGAUGCUGCUGCACAAAACUAUUUUCAGACCUGGGGACUAACGGCGAUGUCGCAUCCAGCAAGCGGUAAUCACCGCUGGCUUCGUCUGACCACCACCUCUUCGAUUCCAGUAAUGGAUGUACAUGUUCCUGUCGGAUAUCUUCCGUCGGCUUGGUUUGUAAGCUCUAUGACUCUUUUGUUUGCAAGUACGGGUGCGGCACUGCUUCUAUGGAUUUCAUUUGAUAUUGCAAAGAAACCCCAGGAGCCAUCUACCAUUGGUGGUGCUAGCUGGAAAGGUAAAACCGACUAG